UUAGCUCAUUAAUCGUAUUGUUAUUCUGGUCCUUGUGGAUUCCAGUCAGGUGCUUUCUUGCUCUUCCCUGAGCCCCUUCUGAUGGAUCACCUGUCUGGCCCCUAGCAAUUACUGGCCAGAUUGAGAAACACUUGUUUACAGAAAAGAAAUGGAGUUUAGAGUACUAUGAAGUUUUUGAUUAGCACAAGGAUGUUAACAUUUCUUUUGUUUUGCAGGCCACAAUUGUGGAGAAGUUGGGUGUUGGACACUUUAUGGAUGUUCUAAAUCUGCACAUAAUUGCUACAUAUACACCUCCUACAUCUGAUGAAAAAGUCAUUGUAACAGACACAGAAUUUAGCCAUGUUCCAGUACGUCUUUACAUUCCUACAAAGCAGUCAGAUGUCUUGAAAAGAGCAGUGAUUUUCAUCCAUGGAGGUGGAUGGUGUAUAGGAUCAGCAACCAUGAAAUCCUAUGACCUCUUAUCAAGAUGGACAUCAGAAAGACUAAAUGCUGUUGUGGUGUCAGUCGAUUACAGACUAGCUCCAAAAUAUCGGUUCCCAGUUGCAUUUGAAGAUGUGUACUCAGUAUCAAAAUACUUUCUACAAAGCAGCAUUCUGGAGAAAUAUAAUGUAGACCCAAGCCGCAUCGGCAUUGCAGGGGACAGCGCAGGAGGUAACUUAGCUGCAGCUGUAACCCAGCAGGUAAGAAUUACCCAUUUGAAAGUAAAUCCAAAAUGGAAUUAUACAUGUUACUUACCUCUAUUAUCUCAAACUAUCCUGAUACUAAUUUAUUUAUAUUGGGGCUUUUCACACUGUACACCUAAGAGCAGGAAGUCAUAA